AUGGCGAAACUGAAGAAAGGAAAGCAGAAAGGCCCGGAUGAACCUAAAGAUACAGAUCCACCCAGUAGAGUGGCGGUACCUGUUGCCUUCCGGGAGCCUUUGGCACAAGCACCGAGGAUAGGCCAAGCCAAGGCUGGACACUUCAAGGAGGAAUUCUCUCAGGAGGGCUCUAUCCGUCAGGACCAGAGUAUACAUGGUCGAGUUGGUGCGCUGUACGGAUCAGGAGAGGGCACUGUCGCUGGAGGAGAUGACGAUGGUUGGGGAGCGACCGCGGGCGAUCCAUGGGGUCCCCAGGUCAGCACUACCCCUACCAUGAGCAGGGGUGCAGGGAGUGUCAUUGGAGCCAAUGCAACUUCUGCCUCUGAAUGGGAGAUUGAAAAUCAAGGCGAAGGUGUUCCAGGUGGUUGGGGAGACCCCAACGAUACCGUACAGCAUACAACAGGAGGUCUUAUCAGCGCCAAAAGCGGUCGCACUAAGAAGAAGGGCGCUAUUGUCCAGGGCGCGCCGUCCUCGCCGCCGCCUCUUACAAUCCCUCCACCUCCUCCACCUCCUCCCGCCGCUCCCCCGCCUUCUCUCGCAGCAGCAGCUGCCGCCGUUCAAUCGGGAAUGAAUCACCAUCAGACCCACUAUCAAGCUGCAGCAGAUGCAGGCUUCGAAAGUCCUCAGGUUCCCGCGAACGAUGACUGGGGGGAUCCAUCAGAUGGAUGGGGCGAUGUUGCCUCGGAGCCAACUCCUUGGGGUGUCCCUGCAGCGCCGCCGCCGCCGCCACAAAUGCAGCUAUGGGGGCCAGCCGCCGCUCCACACUCAAAUUCAGCUUGGAGCAAAUGGGCGAAUGAAGCGAAGACACUCCCCAAGGUAGCUGCUUCAGUUCCCAUCCCAGCUCCCCCAGGGCUAGCUCCUCUCCCUUCUGGCGUUACAUCCAGUAGGGAAAUACCGGCGCUGUCUCACCAGCAAGCAAAUCUGCAUUCCUUGCUCACACAGCCGAAUCAGGGCAGAGGUGUCUCUGUGCAAAUCCAGGCUCGACAGCUGCGUGAACAGUUGCAUGCGCAACGACAGCAACAACAGAUGUACUUGCAGCAGGAGCAUCUCCGGCAGCAGCAGCAGCAGCAAAACCACUCCCAUCCGCAGCGGCCGCAACGAGGACGCCAAAGGGAUCAUCACACACAACAACAAGGACCUAGCAUAGCACAGCAUCUUCAGCCUCAGCAGAUCGAGCAGUCCGAUAGCUGGGGCAGUACCGGAUGGGGUGGCGGCGGCGGCGGCGGUCGGGGAUCUGAUUGGGCAGACCCCAUCCCAGAAGAAGACGAAGAGGAAGAAGAGGAAGACAUGUACGAAGACGAGGAAGAGGAGGAAGUGGAAGAGGAAGCAGUGGAAGAUUACGACCACGGCUAUGGUCACGGAUACGGCCAUCGAGUUCGAUUUUCACCACAGGACGACUACCAAUACGGAUAUGUGGAGAAUACGCAACCAUCCGUACCACCGCCAGCCCCAUCUCCAGCCCCACCCCGCCAGCAGCCACUCUGGACCGACCCUGUAGCGUCAAAGACUAUGUCCAUGGCAGUUGGUCGACCGUCGACGGUUUUUGAGCUUGUCUCGCCACGGAACGAAAAUCAUUUUGUACAAUCAUACGGAGCAGCACUAGAACACGCACAGCGUGCGCUGUUCGGGAAUGGUCGUCCUGCGAAAGAGAGGAUUUACUGGGGCCUCAGCCCAGAUAAAGACCAGCGUGUCUCGUCACUCCUACGAUGGAUUCAUAUCAUGUCUAAUGGCCUUGCGACUAUUGGUUUGGAGAGGUUUCUUCAAACUGGAGAACGCGGUGCGCUCAUAUCCAACGCUGACUAUCGUUCUAAUAUGUCAGGUUCGCCGGUGCAGCCUGCGUUUGACUGGGUUCCCAUCGAGCAGCUGCAGCGCACGCUCGACCACAUGCUACAGGAGUCGGUCGCGCUGUAUGAUCCCGCUCUUCUAGUGAUUGUUUAUGUUUUCUUACUCUCCAAGACCGGGAACAGCCUCGCAGUGUGGCGAAGGAAGCUCGCUGUGCCUGAGACUGUGCGGCUUGCUCACGAGGAGGAUAUCCUAAGGGCAAAAGAGAUGCUAAAGACUAACUACUCCGUCUAUGUUGACGAACUUCCUGUUAAACCGGAAGCUAAAUCGAAGCAGAAGAAACGCGGUUUCUUCAGUAGGUUGUUCAGGUGGUAG